AUGCUGAGUCUGGCGAGCGAGUCGGCCUCUGAGCACAUCACCAUCAGCGGUGGGGGCCUCCCCGGCAGGUACCGCGCGCUGCAGCUCCACUUCCACUGGGGCAGCCCAGCAGGGAAUGGCUCCGAGCACACUCUCGACGGGCGCCAGCUCCCCAUGGAGCUGCACAUUGUCCACAUCAACAUCAAGUACCAGACGCUGGCAGAGGCCAAGGGGCAUCCCAACGGGCUGGCCGUCCUCGGCUUCUUCUUCCAGGUCUCAGAAACCCCUAACGCCAACUACAACACCAUUGUGGCAGGGCUGAGGAACAGCUCCCAUGCUGGUGAGUCGCCUCCUUGCCAGGGCAGGGGCAGACUGACCACCCUGCUGCCACGCCCCAGCCGGCUCUCGGGGUACUACCGCUACCAGGGCUCCCUCACCACCCCUGACUGCAGCGAGGUCGUUGUCUGGACCGUCUUCGAGGAGCCAGUGGAGAUUGGCCAGGAGCAGAUGCGGGCGCUUGUCAGCCACCUCCACUUCCCGGCCUGCAGCACAGGGCAGUGA